AUGGUGAUUGAUGUCACUCUCCUGCCUAUAGUAGCGGAAAGCUGGGGCCGAACCCCCGCCCCGUUCGCUGAUUGGCCAGUUUUGGAUCAACAAUCGGGCUCCCACUGCCCGGCUGCCUGAGUCUUCUGCCCUUUGUGGCUUCUUAAAGUCGAAGGAGGGGGCAAAGCAGCGUUUGCUGUUGCAGGAUUUCUCCAUCAUGAUCAUGACUGAAAGUGUUGACUCUAUAGUUGCUAUUUCCAGCCAGGACCUCUGGGCUGAAAUCUGUUCAUCCCUGCCACAUCCAGACCCGAAUGAAGAGUCAAGCAAUGCAUUUGCUGAUUCCUUUGCAGAUUCUUAUGUUCACGAAGAGGGGCAGAAUGAAGUACUGGACAACUCUUUUCAUGCAGACUUUAAGCCCUGGGCGCCACUAAAAGAUUCAGAGGUCUAUUUGGCAUCUUUAGAGAGAAGAUUAAUGAGGAUAAAGGGUUUGUCUCAGGAGGUGACCUCCAAAGAUAUGCUGCAUACGCUUUCUCAGGCUAAGAAAGAAUGCUGGGACCGGUUUCUGCAGGAGAAAUCUGAGUCCGACUUCUAUAUGGAGGGAACGGAAUCCGAUGAGAGCACUCUGGAACACUUGAAGCGCUGGCUGCAACCUGACAAAGUGGCCGUCAGCACAGAGGAAAUACAGUUUCUGAUUCCCCUUGAAGCUCAUGUAGAGAAGCAAGAGACCGAAGAGGAGUCUAUGGCCGUAGAACAGUGAAAGGGGUCCGGACCUUUCCUCCUAUCUGGGGCCUGAUGGAGUUUUAGAACAGCAAGAAGAGGGAAGUGCCAAUAUUUGGUCGAAGUAGACUUCAGAUUCUUUGCACCCUGUCCCGCCCAUCACUGUACUUUCUGUCUUACAGUGGGUAGUCCAGUUUAUAGAUUGUUACAGCUGUAAAGUUAGACAUAUGCAAUCUGCUAAGAGGACAGAACACAAAGUCAGUGGAUGCACACUUUGGAUGAUGUGAUGGACUGGAGUAGGAUACGCCAGUGAAAUGUCUGUUUGCUCGCUUCGUUUUUCUACCUUUUAUUGCCUCUCUGUGUCAUUCCCAGAGCAUUUUGUUGUAUUGCAUUUGAAGGGCACUGAUCCUGUAUGCCACACUCUUUGGCCGAAUGUGUCAACUGGCUCCCAUCCUGCCUUGAAAUGUGUGGAAGGCUGGACUUUCCAAUUCCAGUAUACGAAAACGUAUUUUAACAUUCCUUUCCUUACAGUUAAAUUCCCUAAUGUAGCCUUUCCCAAGCGGGUGCCCUCCAGAUGUUUUGGAUUUCAACUCCCAUCAGCCCUUGGAAUGCUGGGAGUUGUAGUCCCAAACAUCUAGAGGGCACCAGGUUGGGAAAGGCUGCUAAUGUAUCCCUCCUAAAGCUGAAACGACGUGUGCCAUGUAGUUGUGCCUAUCUUUUCCUCAACUCCUUUUAACUCAGAGGGUGCCUGUAUCUUCUCCCCUGUGAAGUGAAAAGCAACUGGUGGGGCACUUACAUAGUCAGCAACACCACCACCAUUGCUUUUAAUUUUUUAAAAAAACAUAAACACAAAAGUGUUUGGGGAAGAUGCUCACCACUGCCUGGUUUCUGUAUUUUCAGCUUUGUGGGUGGGGGAAUCUUGUUUGUGUGAACAUUGUUAUUUUUGUCCUCCGAAAGGAACAGGCUUUGAAGCUGACAUUGUGAUGCUUAUCACCUUAAAACUGUUUUUGAAUUUAUUUGCUUUGCUUUAUCAUUCACAUUAGUUAUGGACCGAUGUUAUGAUCUUUCCAAGAAUCUUUUAAGUUUCCAGCAAAUAGAUCUGUAUCUGUAUGCAUGUUUUCUUCUUCACCUUCUUGCUGCUGAUUGUAUUCUGAAACAAUCUGGAACCAAAACUGUAGCAAUUUCUUGGAAUAAAUAAGACGACUUAUUAAAAUGAGCACUGAGCUGAAAUAGGAGGAUUUUCUCCCUCCUCAGUGA